CUCAGUGUGUGUACAGUGGUACCUUCGUGAUUUUGUGAUUUUGACGUUGUGAAUGCAACAUGUUCCACACGCUUCCAUAUAAAUCUAUACCUCCAUGUACCGCAAACAUCUUCCAGAGUAGCAGCAAUAGACUCAAGUUCAGAGUCAUUGUAGCCCUCUCAGUAUCACUUGUCCGGCGUCUUGCACUGCAGAAGUCCAUCGGCUCACAUCACGCCCACCUAAGAACCUAGCAUCAUGUCCGCGUCACUGACUGGUAAGCCUCAACAAAGCGGCUUCUUUAGCCGCAUGCGCCGUCGCAACGACUCGGUAAUGGGCUCACCAACAGGCUCUGCUACGCCUUCCAUCGCGCCUUCUCUCGCAUCUUUGAGUCAGGACAACGAUAAUCUGGCUGCGAUCAACACUCAUCUACACACUCGUAACCAAGAGUUGAUGCAGCAGUCUGAAGUCAAUCAAUUUCUCUUCCAAGAAACCUCUGAAGCGCUGACAGCCAAAGAAAGCGAACUUGCGAAGCUGAAAGAACGGAUUCGCUCCAAUGCCGAAGCUACCAACGAGACUAUCCAGGCUCUUGGACAUCAGCUCCAGAUUCUAGCCGAGCAAUUAGCGGAAUCGCAGGACAAGGCUGUUGGUCGUGAGACUUCCCUAGCAAAACAAUUAUCGCAAGUCCAAGACCAUGCCAAUGAGCGUGAAGCACAGCUAGUAGAGCAACUAUGCCAAGCCCAAGACACCAGUGCCGAGCACUCAGCUCAGCUAGAAAACCUAGAAAACCUACAACACCAACUCUCCCUGAAAGCCGCUCACGCGCAGUCCCCGACCCAAGAAGACGUCGACGACUUGAUCUGGGCUAAGCUCCAGGACAAGAAUAAGACUAUCGACUUCCUGCGUUGUCGGCAGGCCAAGUCUGAUAAGCGCAUUGAGAAGCUGCAGGAGCGAUUGGAGGUUGAGCAGAGUGUGGGGAGGGAUUGGGUCAAGACUAUUAUGAUGGUCAAUAUGAAGUUGCUAUCCCUUAAUGCUCAUUGCGGUCCUAUCCAAGUCCCGCUCGUCCAUGCUGCAACAUCCGUAGCACACUUCACGGUAACACCCUCGACGUCAGUCUGCUGCACCCCCUGUUCACUUCUCAACGGGAGAAUCUCGCCGGUGUCACGUAAGGCAAAAGACGCCACCAAUGUAUCGCGUAGUCACAUGAUCCGUCAUGUACUGCUGUUGGGUGAAUCCUUGUUCCGUGUGGGACGCCACCAAUAA